ACUUGUCAACCAUUCAUGUCACCGGAGUGUGUAUUGGUGUAAAAAUCGGUCGCUCUGUUUACGAUGUACGGGCUAGAUGCGAAUGUACACUCUAAUAGGAUUUACUGCUCUACAAUAAAUGAACACACUGUUUGAAGUUAAAUAUUUGACCGAGUGUCAAAAUUAGGAUUAUCUGGAAAUUAAAAUAAUCAGCUUGUUUUAUAUACUGUGACUUAAUGACAUAAUGGGAAAUAUUUUCGUAUGAGAAAUGUGCAAAAUAAGGAUUUAUAUGAAUUUUACACAUGAUUUGAAUUAAAUAAAUUUGUUCGUCGUAUUCCGAUUGUUAAAGUAGUUCAUAAAACACUGGUUUAUUUGAAUAUCAAGUAAACGGGUUAAAGCAAUCGGGAACAAAUAGAGUUUAAAUAACUUGUGCAGUGUCUCGCUCAACGUAUUUGUUAACGGAAAAGCGUAUGUAGUGUGAUAUUUCUAGAAUUGUCAGUUCAUUGAAGACGUGAUAUAAAUUGUAAUUUUGGUGGAAUUGUCAGUUCAUUUUAAACUUAGUUGUGUCAGUUCGUUACUUUGGGUGUUCGCUUCUCUCAUCUAAUGCAUUCGAUGGUUCACGUCCGUGCUUCGGUACAGCGCCCAUGUCCAAUAUGACUGUACAUGGGGACAGGCCUCGCUGCCCUGACCGUGUGCCCAGGCAGGGCCGGGGACCGCUGCUCGUCAACGGGGAACGGACGCUGGAGGGCCCGAUGCUUGAGAACCUGACCCUCAGUCAGUCUUGGAAUGGCUGCAUUUGGCAGCUGCAACAGACACCAGGGACGCCGCCGGAUGGAUCUAGCAGCCUCGGGACCAGCAAAAAUGGAUUAUUACAGACUUUCCCGUUUCCGAGCCGUCAUUCAGUAAAAGAAUACUCUACAAUUUCGCGUAGGGAUUCUAUAAUUUCGAGGUCGCGAGAUUCUCCGACGUCACUCGGAAGCGUCGACCGUCUCAGUAGCGUGGACCGACUCAGUUCCGACCGGCUCAGCUACGACAGGCUGAGUAGCGGGGACCGACUCUCCAACGGAAGUGAACGCAAUAGGUUCGCGGCGAGCUAUGAUGACGAUAGCCUGACCACCGCUAGUUCCAAUCUCGACAGCUCGGAACAGGAAGAGGAGUAUGUGACAUUAGACCGGAGUUACAAUUUUCCACGAUCACUGCGGUUUCCUCACGCUUCGCACCAUUCAUCUAUGAUCGACCUUAAACAUAAUACGUUGUAUUCGCCCAAAGUGAACAAUACGGACGCCACCAGCCUCAGGGCAGGCACUCUACCUCACAACCGCAUGUUCCGGGGACCGUUACGAAGUGUUUCAGUCAACGAAACUGACCUCGACGCUGUGGACGUUGACGGAAGGACUAUUCCGUGGGCCAAACGUAGCCUUAAACGGAUAUACGAGAAUUUCGGCGAGGUUUUCAAAGCCCGACCGUCGCCCCCUAGGUCUGUUACGGACGAUAGGGUGUCGAUUCAUAGUGAUUAUGUAGGCAUUAGAAAUGACAUCGUUCAUACGGACACAAGUAGUGUGAAUACCGAACAAACCUCAGACUCAGGGAAGGUCCAAGGACCUCAAAAACUUAGGAAGCGUAGUCAAUCGUUAGGGGAGCUCCGACUCUUUGGAGAGCAAAAUGAGAAUGAGCUUGAUUCAGAUUCGCCAGGAAGUGACGCGGAUGGUGACGAUUUUGGAUUUUUAUCUCAUCCAUUUGUUCAUUCUUCCACAGCUAUGCAAAAGUCAAAGAGUUCAUUGGCUCAUAGCAGAAUUCUGCCGAAACGAUGGCGCAAACCACGCAGUUCGACGUCCGGCCAGUGCCUAUGGAGCCCAGAGGGAAACUGCUCGUGGUGCAACGUGAGCGGGCGGCGGGUGGUACUGCGGUCCGUGAGCCUGCUGCAGCUGUCCGAGGCGGAGAGGCUUGCUCUCCAGAAAGUUGUCCUCCGGAAGUUGCAGGAUGUCGAGCUGGGCUGCCCCGUGAUCGUCCCUAAAGACACACGGGAGUCGGGCCGCCGGAAGAAGCAUCUGCUGUCAAUCAAGCGCAGCAAGUCCGCCAAUCUAACCGGCUUAAUCCACGGACUGGCAGAUCGGGAGAAAGACCAUAGGUCAGGAUUAGUGUUCGGAAUUCCGUUAAAAAAGUGUAUAGCAAAUGACAUUGAAUUGAAACGGAAAAGAAGCUCAGGAACGCUACAGGAACGCAGGGACGCUGACGUUAUAUUGCACCGUCAGGAUAGCCGGAAAUCAAUUAGCUCCUCGCAGGGCUCCCUGGACAACUGCGUCACUCACGGAAACUCGUUCACGGAGAGUCAGAAACGGAAUGCAAGCUGCGAUUCCCUGUCAGAGAACGAGAGCGGACGGAGCCCAAACUCUAGUCUCGUAGACGCCUCGCCAGGCUUCCGCGGGAGUACUUCCGGUCAGAGUAACGUCCCUUUAUACGCAACGGGGCCGCCCCAGGUCCCACACAUUGUGAAAGUCUGCUUUAAUCACAUCGAGUCUUACGGAUUACGGGUAUUAGGGAUUUUCCGGGUGGGCGCCUCCAAGAAGCGGACAACACAGUUGAGGGACGAGUUCGAUUCCGGACUCGACGUGAAGCUCAACGAGUCGCACAAUCCGCACGAGGUGGGCGCUGUCCUAAAGGAGUACUUCCGGGACCUCCCGGAGCCUCUCCUCACGCGCGACCUCUACUCGCCACUCAUUGCCGCUAGAGGUCUUCAGUCCAUUGAACAGCAGCUCGAAGUGACCCGGAUGUUGCUCGCCCUUCUUCCGGUAGCGAACCGCGACACGCUUUGGGCAUUGUUGCAGUUCCUCUAUAAAGUUGACCAACAUUCCAGUGACGUCAUAGAUGAAAGAGGAGAAACGGUGGCGGGCAACAAGAUGGACUCACACAACCUGGCCACGCUGUUCGGCCCCAACAUCCUGCACAAGGCGAAGGCCGGCGCCAAGGAGUUCACUGUCGAGAGCGUGGCGCGCGCUGAGGAACGCGAGGAGGUCAUCGACGUCAUCCACACGCUCAUCGAUCACCACCAGAUGCUCUUCCAGAUUCCCGCAACGGUUCAUGACGAAAUUUUACAAAUGUUGUUGGAGUCAGAUCCGGAGACAACUGAGCAGAUCCUGAAGCGGAUAUCAGCCGAUACUGGGGUGGAUGGAGAUGCAGACACGUACGGCGAUGUUUACGACGACAGUGACGUCUCCUUGCCUCACUCGCCCGUCAGCGAGACGAAUCUCCACUUUCGGGACGUGGCAGCGCUCUCCACGGGGCCUCUGCGUGUUGCGAGAAGCGCCGAGUUUCUCACGCCGACCGUAAAUCGAAAAUUCGUGUUCAACAACGACGCGGAACACGACGAAGCGCCAGCACGACGGAAAAGUGACAUAAAUAGCGUUCUGCCAGUUACGGACAGGCCAAAAUUUCAUUUAGUGAUCGAAAACACGCCGAGCCCACCGGAAGUGAAGCGACCUCAAAGACAUUCGCGAGCCGAGCUCUCCGCAACCCCUCGCGAUCUUUCUAGUCAAGAGAAAUUCAGCGCGCGACCUCAUUCGUUUCACGAAGAGCGACCGCAUUCGGAACUGUACUGGAAACCUAAGACUCUCUCCAUUCCCUCCCCAACAUACAUGCGGCAGAACUCGGACAAUCCACGGGUGGUCGUCCCCUUGAACAGUGCGUUAUCUCGCGCCGCCCCCAAAUCCCCUCGUGUCACUUCCUCUAUCCAGCGACCCUUGAAUUUCAGUCGCUCCACACCGGAAGUAGAAAACGAGUGGCAAAAAGAUAGAUGGCGUCAGUGGGAUAACAUGGCGUCGGAAAGGCCGAAAGAAGCGACGUAUGAACAAGAAACGCUAGUGUAAAUAGUUUAAUAACUCAAGAAUAUUACGUCUUCUAUUAUAUUUAAUUGGUUAUAAAUGUAUGUAUAUUGAAAAUGUUUAUAUUUACUUCGUGUUGUUUUUAUUUAUUAACGACUUCUACUGGGAAAGUGCCUUUGUGCAAAAUGCCAUAUAACCAGCUAGCCAGAUGUCACGUCAGCAGCAUUUAUUAUUGUACUCUGGAUGUUAACAGUUUACUUAUAUCUUCGGUGUUUUUGUUAUUGUUAGCCUAAUAUGUGCUAUUUUACAUUUCAACGUCACGUUUCUGUAUAAAUCUGUGUUACUUACUCUUUCGCGAAAAAGAAAUGUUCAAUUUACCGGUAUAUGUAUAGCUGUACUAUAUAGAAAUCCAUUUCAUGUUGUUCUGUUAUAUAUAAUAUUUCGGAGAACCAGUGUUCAGUGUAAAAUGUAUAUCUCGGUAAAAGGUCAACUCGUGCUUAGCUUUCCAUACAUUUGGUGAUGGUCAAUAUGAUUUCAUGUAACGUUCUCACUUGCUCGCGGGAAAUAUUUGGAUUCCUUGUAAUUUCUAUACACGUAACCGUUGUUUUAAACACAAUAAGAAAUAAGUCGGGACAAAAAUACGCCUAGACAGAAAUCGGCUGAAUAGUUUUAACAAUCCGUUUGUUUUAAUUUCACUGAAUUUGUGGGUUAUCUUGCUGAAUUAGUAUUUGACUAGCUGUUAUUUAGAACUUCUUCAAAACUGGAUUUUCCGCAAAUUAACAUGUGGUACAAAUACACACGCCCUUAAUAAAUCCACAACGUGAAUUAUUGUCAUUCAAAAUUGCCACAAAUAUUUUAGCAAUACGCGCAUGUUGAUGUUACACAAGUGUACGUAUAUGAAUUUGUUUGUAAUUCGGAAUAAGUUGAAUCCCAAUAACGUCCAUAUUGUUCGAAGAUUUAUUCUUAAUAUAUUUUAGCGAAGAAAAACUUUUGGCAACAUAUUUAUCGAGCUUGUUUUCCUUCUGCACUGAGUUCCACUGAAUUAUGCUGAUCGGGAAAUAUCUGUCAAUAUUCUAUGAAUGUUUCUCUUCAAAUAUUAGUAUAAAUAACGGUUUAUUAUAUUAUAUAUAUUUGUUGAUAUUACAUAAAAAUUUGUGUUCAUUUGAUGCUUUUGUUCAAGAAAAGCUGCAAUAAAGAGUCUCUGAAACUGA